AUGUCGACCCCUUCAACUGCCACGGCUACUCACCCAUCCCGUCACCCACACUAUGGUUAUUCGCAUCACACUUACCAGCAAAAUACCUCUUAUCCAUCUGCAUCUGCUGCUGUUGCUGCCGUCGCUACGGGCUCCUCUCGACUAGCCAAUUCUUAUGGAUACUCUGCUACAACUCCUGCUACGACCGCCGCAACUUCUCUCCCACUUCCCAGUUCGUCCAAACUAAACAACCAUCAUCAGGUCACAAUGCCAUCCUACCAGCAGCAGCAGCAGCACAACCACCAACAGCAUCACCAGCAACCCUCUUCCCCUGCUACAUUACCUACUUCUCGGAGCCGGAGGAAAAAGCCAAACUGGGCCGAAUUCUAUAAAAAUGGCGUUCCCAAAGAAAUCAUUGUCAUCGACGAUGACGAUGACAGCAUUACCGCCACCAAUGCCACCUUCAAUAACAACAGUAGCAACAACAACAACAAUAAUAAUAAUAACCAUCUCAAUUCCACGCUUCACAAAAUGCCCGUCUCCCAUGCCCCUGCAAGCAAAAGGAGACGGACGCAAUAUGGCGAGGAGUCGUCUGGCACCUCCAUCUCCACAGAUCGAACUACCUCGCUACAAACCACUGCCCCUACCUCUAUGGGUUCCCAUGGCAGUGCCCCGCUAAAUAAUAUGUACUACGAAGACUCCACCACCAUUGGCCAGAAACGGAAACGGGUUGUGACCCGCAAAUCUGCUCGUGAUGAACAGAAACGAAGGGAGUUGGAAGUUGCUGGUGAUGCAUACAAUAGUUACAUUCCCCCUCCAAAACCCCCUAUCAAGGCAAAAGACGUCACCGUGCCGGUGAUCAGAGAUUACAAUCUUCACAAAAAUCAGAAAAUUGACGAUGAUGACGGACACUACAUAGUGACUCCCGAUACCGACCUCACUGAUAGAUAUUCUAUCGUCAAACUACUUGGCCAAGGAACCUUUGGCAAAGUCGUCGAGGCCUACGAUAAGCACAAGAAAACCCGCUGUGCCGUUAAAAUAAUCCGCUCCGUGCAGAAAUACAGAGAUGCCUCCCGUAUCGAGCUGCGGGUGCUCUCCACCCUAGCCUCCAACGAUAAAACAAAUCGUAACAAGUGCAUACAUCUUCGGGACUGCUUCGACUUCCGAAAUCACAUCUGCAUCGUAACCGAUCUGCUGGGCCAGAGCGUGUUCGAUUUCCUUAAGGGUAACGGAUUUGUGCCCUUCCCCAGUAGCCAGAUCCAGAGCUUUGCUCGACAGCUGCUAACUAGCGUUGCAUUCCUUCAUGAUCUGAACCUCAUCCAUACAGAUCUGAAACCUGAAAACAUUCUCCUUGUCAACAAUGCCUAUCAAACCUUUACAUACAACCGCUCCAUCCCUUCAUCAUCACAUACCUCAUCCCGAAACGCCCGCCAACGACGCGUGCUUCUGAACAGUGAGAUUCGACUAAUCGAUUUCGGAUCCGCCACUUUCAAUGACGAGUAUCACUCUUCAGUCGUCUCAACGCGCCACUACCGUGCUCCCGAAAUCAUUCUGAAUCUGGGCUGGAGUUUCCCAUGCGAUAUCUGGAGCAUUGGCUGCAUUCUCGUUGAAUUUUUCACUGGUGAUGCCCUUUUUCAAACACACGACAAUCUCGAACAUCUCGCAAUGAUGGAAAGUGUCUGUGGCGGGAAGAUCGACGCGAAGAUUGUCAAACAGGUUAUGCAAUGUCGAGGUGGCAGUGCCAACCAAGCAGCCAAAUAUUUCAACCGAAGUAAACUAGACUAUCCAAAUACUGAAACAUCCAAAGCCUCAAAGAAAUACGUACGGGCCAUGAAACCACUUCAUGACUUCAUCCCCACCACUACAACGUUCAACAAGCAAUUCCUCGACCUCCUGCGGCGCAUCUUUGUCUACGAUCCCAAGGCGCGUAUCACAGCCAAACAAGCCCUCAAACAUCCCUGGUUCAAAGAAUCAAUUAUAGACGACGGCACUGAGGCGCUGCGAAUUGGCCAGCAACUCCGCGAAGAUGCUGCUGCCAAAGCUGCGUCUGCCUCUGCAUCUUAA